UUUCUCUAACACACACUUGACAGCUUUGUGUAUCACUUCUGCUUCACACACUCAACAAAGCUCCUCCUUUGGAAUCCCCCACCACAUUUCAACUACAAUAACAUAUACAACGAACAUCACCUCAGUACAUAUAUUAAUAUAUAGAGAUAAGAGCAGAUGGCAGACGAAGAAGAAAGCGAACUAAGUGUGGAGCAGAAGAUAGAAAUAGCGAAAUGGUUCCUUCUUAAUUCUCCUCCCGGUGAAAUUCAGUAUGUUGCUAAAGAUGUUAAGGCAAUAUUGAAGGAUGAUUAUGUGUAUGAAACCGCGGCUUCUGAGGCGUUUUCCAUUUAUAAUAAAUCUCAUCUCCUUUGCCUUCCAAUGCCUAAUAACUCUGGGGAUGUGCUGAUAACUGCGUUUAACGAAAUUGAUGCCAAUGAUUAUCUUGAUCCUAUCACUGCUCAAGUUGCCAAAGUUGACCAUGUCAAGCAAGUUUGUACAGAAGUGAGACGGGCAAAUGAUGAGGAACUUCCAUUCCCAUAUGUCGAGGAAUAUCGAUGUGCAGUUGAUGCAGAAGUAAGUAAGUAUGUCGGUGAAGCUUAUCCUAAAGGUGUUUGUUCGGUUUUCUGCACAAGUGGAAAGGAUGUGGAAGAACCUGGAUCCGAUUUUGAACUUGUUGUGGUUAUUUCAGCUGCUCGACACAGCCCACAAAAUUUCUGUAAUGGAAGCUGGCGCUCUGUAUGGAAUAUCGAGUUGAAAGAGGACUUGCAAAUUGUGGAAAUAAAAGGCAGGCUGCAGGUGGGUGCUCACUACUUUGAAGAAGGAAAUGUCCAGUUAGACGCAAAACAUGAGUGCAAGGACUCAACAAUCAUUCAGGCUGCUGAUGAUUGUGCAAUUUCCUUGACUAACAUUAUUCGCCAUCAUGAGACAGAGUACCUAACUUCUCUUCAGGCAUCAUAUUCAAACUUACCAGAUACUACUUUUAAGGAUCUCCGUAGGAAACUUCCAGUUACUCGAACAUUAUUCCCGUGGCAUAACACUGUGCAGUUUAGCCUGACUAGAGAUCUUGCAGAAGAGCUUGGAAUCGGAAAGCAGACCAAUCAGUAGAUUGUAUGCUUCUUCCUAAGGUGGGGCUGCUGGAGGCUUUGUUGAUUCAUGUGAAGAUGCUGUUGAUGGCUGUUUUGACAAGCACCUGGACAGCUGAAACAUGUCAAAAAAAAUUUAGACAAGAUUCUUCUGAUGUCUGUGGAGUUUCCCUUGUGCAUAUGAUUAAAUUUUAUUAGUAUAAUUCAGGGAUGACUUUUUGUAUCUGAAUUACCUAUAUACAUUGUGCAUUUGAAGUAAUUUCAAGCAUAUAUAUAAAGAUCUUCAGGUCACCAGUUUUUAGCAA